UCGAGCUCUGAAAUUCCCAGGGAUGGGUAGAAGGAAGCAAAAUCGGCCUCACCGGGCUGGUGGGAUUGUAUUAGAGAGUGGGGCAACUGCUGGCCGGGCUGAAUUGGAUGGGGAGAGGCAGUUAAAUAGGGAAGCGCAGAAAAAGGACAUAGAUGAAGUUGAAAUACCGUAUUUUGUAGACGUUGAUCGGACUAAUUGGGGGUCUGAUGAGCACUUUGAUAUUGCUGAAGUGGUUCUAACAGAUUUGACUUUUGGAGAAGGGUUUUGUGGUGAUGUUCUUGGUGGGGGUUUGGAUCGCGAUAGUUACUCCUUAAGGUUUCGGUUAUCUAAUGUGAAGGAAUUUGUUAAUCGUAUUAAGCUUGGUCACUGGCCUUUGUUGUCCUCUGCUGAUAUAUCUUUGGAAUUUGUUAAAACACGUUCGAGCGAGGAUAUGGAGAUGGAGAAGGACACGUGCUCAGUGAUUUUUUCAGGAAGUUUUGAUGGGCCAGAUGAAGGUAUAUCUGGUCUGGUUCACUUGGCAAGUUUGAAGUUUAUGACACUGAGGCCAGCUCUGUCAAUUGAGUUUGUGAAUGAUACGUCAACCAUCAGGAUCAGGGUGGAGAUACUGAAGAGUGCAUUUGAUGCUUGUGAGUCACUUCUGGACAAUACUAGGCAAGUGUGGAAAAAGAGUAUGAUGAAUGUCAUGGCUUGGCUACACCCGGAAGUAAUGACUUCUGAGGCUAGGUAUGGAGUCGGUAUAUCAACAGACAUGGAAGUUGAUCCACAUAUUGACACUGGACAUGCUAAUUCAAAUCACAGUAAACAUGCAAGAUUCGAUGUUGCUGGGUUCUAUGAAGCCAUUAAACCCUCAAAAAUGGAUGCAAUGCUUCAUGAUGUCCUGCCUGAUUUGCUUCCUGAAUUGAAACCAUAUCAGCGCCGUGCAGCUUACUGGAUGGUACAGAGGGAGAAAAUUGAUGCGGAAAGUAUGGCCCAAGAGGCCAAAAGUCAGUCAACGUUACCUUUAUGUUUGCCCUUGCAAUUUCUUGACAGAUGUUCGAAAAUGUUCUACAACCCAUUCAGUGGAAAUGUUUCGCUGCACCGAGAGCAUUUUUCAACGUGCGUGUCUGGUGGUAUUCUUGCUGAUGAGAUGGGCAUGGGGAAAACUGUUGAACUUCUCGCUUGCAUCUUUGCUCAUCAGAAGUCAGCAGAUGAAGACCCCGUAUGCGCUGAUGCUGAAAUUCAAGAUACCGAGGAUAUGAAAAUAAAUCUUAGAAGAUUGAAAAGGGAGCGAAUUGAAUGUACAUGUGGAGCCGUGAGUGAAAGUAGCAGAUACAGAGGACUAUGGGUACAGUGCGACAUAUGUGAUGCAUGGCAACAUGCAGAUUGUGUGGGCUACUCACCUAGUGGAGAGACUAAAAAAUCCAGCGAGGCUUCUAAUGAAAAAGAACAUGAAAAGAGUUUGGUGGUUAAUAAGAAUACUAGUAAGAAGAAUAUAACCACAAUAGAUGUGAAAGAUGAGGAAUAUAUAUGCCAGCUGUGCUCAGAGCUGAUUCAGGCCACUACUUCUCCUGUUGCUACUGGUGCCACUCUUAUAAUCUGUCCAGCAUCUAUAUUGCCCCAGUGGCAUUCAGAAAUUGUGCGCCAUACGCGUUCGGGUUCUUUAAAGACCUGCAUCUAUGAAGGUGUGAGAGAGGCCUCUUUUACAAACACAUCUGUAAUUGAUGUCGAUGAACUCAUCAGUGCUGAUAUUGUGCUGACAACAUAUGAUGUGCUUAAAGCGGAUCUGUCACAUGACUCUGAUAGGCAUGAAGGUGAUCGACGCUUAAUGAGAUUCCAAAAGAGAUACCCAGUUGUGCCAACUAUUCUUACCAGAAUAUUCUGGUGGAGGAUUUGUUUGGAUGAGGCUCAGAUGGUGGAGAGUAAUGCUGGUCCUGCAAUAGAAAUGGCCAUGCGACUUUAUGCGAAGCAUCGCUGGUGCAUAACAGGGACUCCGAUACAACGUAAACUUGAUGACUUAUAUGGACUUCUACGGUUUCUAAAAGCAUGCCCGUUCAAUGCUUCUAGGUGGUGGAUUGAAGUUAUACGAGAUCCGUAUGAGAGGAGAGAUGCAGGAGCUAUGGAAUUUACACAUAAAUUCUUUAAAGAAAUCAUGUGGCGAUCCUCAAAAGUGCAUGUAGCAGAUGAGUUACAGCUUCCACCUCAGGAAGAAUGUCUCUCUUGGCUCACUUUAUCUCCAGUUGAAGAGCACUUUUACCAGAGGCAACAUGAAACCUGUGUGAGUUAUGCUCGAGAAGUCAUUGAAAGUUUGAAAGAGGAUAUUAUGAAGAGAACAGUCAGAGGAUUUUCAGCAGCUAAAUUAUCAGAUUAUUUCAUCACACAUGCAGAGGCAGGAAAGCUGCUGAAUGCACUUUUGAAGCUUCGACAAGCCAGCUGUCACCCUCAAGUAGGAAGCUCAGGACUGCGUUUGCGUUCUCUCCAACAAUCUCCCAUGACUAUGGAGGAAAUUUUAAUGGUUCUAGUUAGUAAAACAAAGAUAGAAGGGGAGGAAGCUCUCAGAAGGUUAGUUGUUGCUCUUAAUGGCCUCGCUGGGAUAGCUGUAAUUGAGCAGAAUUUUAUUCAAGCUGUAUCAUUGUAUAAGGAAUCGUUGACUCUAGCUGAAGAGCAUGCUGAGGAUUUCCGCCUGGAUCCUUUGUUAGAUAUUCACAUUCAUCAUAAUCUUGCUGAAAUACUUCCAUUAGCAACAAGCUGCUCCCCUUCAAAAGCAGAACUUAUUCCUGGGAACAAGGCUUCUUGUUAUGACCAUGUAGCAAAGAGGCGAAAAGUGAUUGGGGGAAAUAACUCAUCAGAGAAUGACUUUUCUGUUGCCCAAGAAUACGAUGACGUGUCCCAUGCAUCAUGUAGUUCCUUCACUGACAUAUCUUUGAGAACAGUCUGUGACAAUCUAAAGGAAAAGUACUUAUCUGCAUUCAAUUCAAAGUUAUUCUUGACCCAGCAAGAGUUUAAGAAGUCUUACACCCAGGUCUGUAGCACAAUUAACGAGAUAAAAGAUGUCAGCACAGUCUGGUGGUUAGAAGCCCUUCUUCAUGCUGAAAAGAGUAAUGACAUUUCUAGUCUGUUGAUCAGAAAGAUUGAGGAGGCGCUCGUAGGAAAUCUAAACAAUUCAAAGUCAUCUAGAAUUCCAUCUCGUUUACGAAGCAUAAGUGCUCUAAAGUAUCACAUGCAGACUGGUUUGGACCAACUAGAAGAAUCUAGGAUAAUGUUACUUGAUCGUCUUUUAGAAAUUGAUCAGACGAUGAAGAAGCCAAAUGAGGAGGAUAUCCAGCGUGUGAGAUACUGUCGAAAUUGCAAAGCUAAUGAUGGUGGUCCCUUAUGUGUUCUUUGUGAAUUAGAUGAACUAUUUCAGAGUUAUGAAGCAAGGCUUUUUCGUCUUGAGAAAGCAUCUGGAGGUAUUGCUACCUCCGCUGAAGAGGCUGUUGAUCUGCAGAAGAAGAACUCUGCUCUUAAUCGUUUCUAUAAAAAAUUGUCACAGCCAAUUAAAGAUUCAACAUCACCCAAAUCUAAUAAAGAAUCAAAGAAGAGAGAUGUUGGAAAAGUUGUGGUUUCAAAAUCCCCUUCUGAAUUAGAGGUUGUUCUUAGUGUUAUUAAAAGCCAUUGCAAGGCCCAUUUAGGAAAGGAAGGCAUAUCAGAAGCUACCAAGCACCUACAAAUUCUUGAGGGCAUGCGCAAGGAGUAUGGUCAUGCAAGAUCCUUGGCAAUAGCUCAAGCUCAGAUUCUGCAAGCUUAUGAUGAAAUUAAUAUGGCAACUUCAAGAUUGCGCCUGAGGGAAGAUGAGAAUGAUAAAUCUCUUGAUGCAUUAAGUGAAGAUGAAUUACCUUCCGCUAACGUUUUCAACACCAGUGAAAAGUUUGCAUCCUUUAGCUUAUUGUCUAGUAUAAAAGGAAAACUUCGUUAUUUGAAGGGUUUGGUAGAAGCGAAACAAAAAAGGCCAUCAAGUCCAAAUCAUUCCUCAGUUACUGAAGAGAAAGCCAGCAUACCAACUUCUACAGAACAAAGAAAUGAAUGCAUACCUAGAAGUGAUAAAGAAACUUGCCCGGUAUGUCAAGAGCAGUUAACCAUUCGAAAGAUGGUUUUCCCAUGUGGACACCUUACUUGCUGUAAAUGUUUAUUUGCAAUUACCGAGAGACUACUCAAUGGGAGAAAGGUUCAAGAUAAGUGGGUAAAAUGCCCAACAUGUCGACAGCAUACUGAUGUUGGAAAUAUUGCUUUUGCUGAUGAUGGACAAAUUGAAUCUUGUGGUUCUGCUAGGCUUCAAGCAAUCCGAAGUCGUGAAGAGUGUGAAGCAUGUAUAAUAGUUCAAGGUUCAUAUGGAACGAAGAUUGAAGCAGUUACGAGAAGAAUUCUGUGGAUAAAGUCUACGGAUCCAGAGGCUAAAGUUCUUGUUUUCUCAAGCUGGAAUGAUGUCCUUGACGUAUUGGAGCAUGCCUUCAGUGCUAAUGGCAUUACCUUUAUAAGGAUGAAAGGAGGAAGGAAAUCACAAGUUGCCAUUAGUGAGUUUAAAGGAGAAAACCGAAGCUCAACAGGAUAUCACAAGUUGCCUGGCCGAAACCCAGAAGGAAGAUCUAUUCAAGUGUUGCUGCUCUUAAUUCAACACGGAGCGAAUGGCCUCAAUCUGUUGGAAGCGAAGCAUGUUAUUCUUAUUGAGCCGCUCCUCAAUCCAGCAGUGGAGGCACAAGCCAUAAGCAGGGUACACCGAAUUGGACAGACAAAUAAGACCCUUGCUCAUCGCUUCAUAGUUAAAGGUACAGUUGAAGAGAGCAUAUACAAGCUCAACAAAAGUAGGAACAGCACUGCCUUCAUUAGCGGUAACACAAAGAACCAAGAUCAGCCCUUGUUGACACUAAAAGACAUUGAGGCCUUAUUUUCAACAGUGCCAUCAUUGCCUGUACCAGAGACCGAUGAAAGGCCAACUGAAAGUGAAAGCUUAAGACAUUUGCCACCUUCUGUGGCUGCUGCCAUUGCAGCUGAAAAUCGACUCAAGGAGCAGCAUUUAUGUUCUUCAUGACAGGUUACCACACCAAGCUAUGAAUCACUCUUUCCUGAAUCAUUCUUUUGUAAGUUCGUAGUAGAUGCAUGUACGUAUAUAAUAUAUCAAUUUUUUUCGACAAGAUAUAGAUAUCAGUUUGGGCAGCAAUUUUCAUCAGCAUAUGAAAAAUGACAUAUUUUGGAGUCUGAGAUGUAGUUCGUCAGGUCAGGAACUACUGAAAAUCGUAUCUAAAGGUAUAGCACUAGAACACUUUUACGAGAA